AUGGAAUCAAGGAUUUACUGUUUCUUAGGAAAAGGUUAUGGACCGUUUUGGGAUUUUGAUUUACCUGAUUUAAGAUCAUCAACAUCAACAACAACAACAACAACAACAACAGAAACACUUUUGAUUUCAAGACUUGCUGGUUCAAUUUAUAGUUCAUUAACUUCCUUUUGUAUUACUCAUUCACAUUUUGAUCAUAUUUCUUCUUUAGUUUUAUCGGCUGGUGCUUUGAUCAACACUCCUAAAUCAGUUUGGGGUAGUGAUGAAACUUUAAAUCGAUUGUCUUAUGUUUUUCAAGCUGGUUUAUGGCCUCAAUUAGCUCAUUUUGAUUGUUCUGAUCAACUUGCACUUUGGUUAAGAAGAUUCGAAUCAGAAACAAAACCAGUGACGAUUUGUCCAUCUCUUGAACUUCAAGCCAGACCAAUAGCUCAUGGUACAUGUACACACCAAGGAACUCCUCUCGUUUUCCCAUCUGAUUCACCCGAUUCACCUCAUCAACCAAACGGAACCGAUCUCAAUCCUACAAACGAUUCAAACCCAUCAUCAGUUUAUCAUUCAAGUGCAUUCUUUAUCACCCAUCAACUCAACCAACAUCAAUUCCUUUUCUUUGGAGAUCUUGGACCUGAUUCGAUUACCGGUUUAAAUUUAAACCAAAAAGUUUGGAAAGAAGCGGCUAUCAGUUUUAAUGCUGGAAACUUAAGGACUAUCUUUAUUGAAUGUUCAUAUGAUUCUUCUAGACCUGCUCAAUUACUUUAUGGACACCUUUCACCUCCUUUUUUGUUUGAAGAAUUAGUUUGUUUUGCAAAACAGAUUUCUUCAACUGAAACUUCACAAAACCAAUUGAUCGGAUUAAAUGUGGUGAUUAUUCAUAUUAAAGAGGAUAUUACACCUAUUGAAAAUGGAAUUCAGUUUGAUGGUUUAGAUAUACGUGAAAAGAUUUUUAAUGAGAUCUUGGAUUUAGAAUCUAACCAAUUUCAACUUGGUUGUAAGUUUUGGGUUGCUAAACAAGGAGAUAGAUUUGAGUUUUGA